AUGGCAGAUUCUUCCUCACGUCGGGCAGCCAACUUGAGAAAUAACAGACAAACAGGUAGCAACAAGAAUCCAGCUCAACUCAAAUGUAUUGUUUGUGGAGAGUUCCAAGAUUUUCAACAGAUGGCUACAUUCCCUUGCGAUUGUGUGUAUUGCAGCACUUGCCUCCAAAGACGUUUCACUCGCGCGAUAGAGGCUGAGUUCAUGUUUCCUGUCAAAUGCUGCUGGGAUUUUAAUCUCACGCCUUUUCAUCAUUUAUUGCCUCCUGAUAUCAUUCGCGACUAUGAAGCCAAGAAAAUCGAAUACGAAACCGUUGAUCGUACUUAUUGCGCCAACAAAGUUUGCUCUGCUUUUAUCAUGAAGGAAAAUAUCAAAGGACAUAAAGCUUUCUGCGCCAAGUCGCCAUGUAAUACGAUAACAUGCACAAAGUGUAAGAGCGGAUGGCAUGAUGGAGAAUGUCCUCGCGAUCAGGAUCAAGAGCUAGUUCUUGCCGAAGCCCAAAGACAAGGCUGGAAACGAUGUGCGAAAUGUGGUAACUUGAUCGAAUAUGUCGAUGGGUGUUGCCAGAUAGAAUGUCGAUGCGGCUAUGAAUUCUGCUAUUGCUGCGCCGCGCCAUGGGAAACUUGUCUCUGCAAUCAGAUUGACCUUGAUCGAUUACUCGGAGCUACCAAUGGGUAUGCAGGUAACGAAAAUUCCAUAGAGGUCAAUGAAGAUGGUGAAGACGGUGAUGAAGGCAGUGAUGAAGACAGUGAUGAAGACGAUGAUACAUACGCGGAUCUAUCUAAGGACUAA